UCUUGGGACAUUGUCGAAUCGUAUCCUCCCAUAUUAAUGUUGGCCUAGGCGUCUGGCGACUAAAAGACGAUGUCAUAGAGAUGUCACAAUGAUGCGAUUCAAUUUACGAAAAUUCACACGGAUGAGUCGCAUAAUUUGGAAGGCACUACUGGUGUGAACCUCCCACAACAGCAACCACACUCCUUCACGAUUCUUCCACCACCAACACGAGCAAUCGUCUGAUGUGUCAAAAUGGCACCAACCACCAAGUUCUUCCUUCCAGAUGAUGAUGACACUGAUGAUUACUCCUCGGAGAAUCGAGACCCAAUUUCGCUUUCUUCGAGUGAGGUCCCCAGAUCGCUACUUGUCGAAGGCUACCUCACCCAUCAAAAGACUGAGACCGAGAUCUUUCCCCCGUACAUCGAGCGUAUGCCGGAGCACACCAAAGUCGUCAAAGGAUUCUUCCCUGUUGAACCUGAGCCGAAGCCAGCCAAGGACAAGUCCCAAUACGAUCCGGUCCCAUUUGGCCCAGAUUUCCCACCCCUUUCCAACAAAGCAUACUACCUCACCUCUGAUGGCCACGAUCCGAAGUUCGCUCGCGACAUGGCCAGGGUCAUCGUCACCAUGCCCAGUCGUCGGAAGCUCACCGAGUUGACAAAGACAGUUCAACCCAGCGGACGUCUCGUCGAGGUCGCGGAAAAUGUCAACCGACGCCGAGAAUCUCUGUCUGAUACACCGACUCCGACCCGUUCUCGUACAGGCACAUCUACAAGUCCAGAGCCUACUGUAGGACAGGAGCUCGCUGGUACAAUCGACUGGAACAGAUCAGUGAUCGACGACUACGCUAAAACUAGUCUCCAAGGCUUCCGUCGCGAUGGCCCACAUCUCUUGAUUCCUCCGGUCAUUGAUCCCGCCAACACCAAAAUAAUCUACGAGUACUGCAAGAAGUGCGGCAAGAACCAUAUUCCUCCCGGAUCUCCAGUCACCCUUCCAGAUAGAGAUACCUGCGGUGCCUACCUGCCAGACUGGUUCCCGUCUCACAAUUAUAAACAACCGUGGGAAAACUUCAGAGGCUUGUACAACAAGAUCGUUCUCUGCGAGGAGGCGGAGCGUGGUUUCAAGCAUAGUAGCCUCCAAUCUAUGGAGAAGGUCUGGGACAAGGAGUAUCACGAUGAGCACCCGAAGUGGUAUUCCAUUGGACGUCGUAUGGGUUGGUGGAAGUGCGGCAUCGACACGGAGGUAGAGAGAAACUGUGAAUUAUGCCACAAGCCGAAUCCUGCCGCUGGAGUGGAGCCCAUAAUUGAUCCCGAGAAUGCUGGUACAAUCAGUGAUCAACGAAAGUACUUAGAGAAGUGGAUUGAAGAGCACAUGAAGGCUGUUGGGAUGGAAGACAAAGCAAUCGCAGAGGAAAUGAUCCGCCGCAUGAAACCCCAGGAGGUGCUUGGCUACUUUGGAGACUACAAAGUUCCGGCGGAGGAGUUGGAGGGUUACAAUACUGGCAACGACUCUGAUCCUGACGGUGAGAAGGAGAUGCCGCGCCGACCAAACCUCAACCCCAUGGAGAAUCCCAUUGCCACUCCCUCUACACUUGAUUUGUCAGAGAAAGGUGGCUUGGGCGAAAAGGAGAUGUCUGAGAAGGAGACUCCAACCGCAUCUUCUAGUUCUGAAUGCUUGGUCAUGCGCGCUGGAAGGUCGUUCUUCGCAAAAUGAAGGUGCCAGGGUGGUUUGGAACAAUGAGGCCUGUAUUUCGUGUGACCACUUGAUUGUGCUUUUGGCGUUGGGUUUAUGCGGCGUUUUACACAAUUUCCGCUCUUUCAUCCGUGGAGGAGGGCACAAAAUGGCGUUGAUAGAGAGAUACCCUAAAUCCGAAUGAAUAUUUCUUUUAAAAACACGUACAAGGCGUGAUACUGUGAGAUGGUAAAAUGCUCCAGACUUUCGGAGGCAUUUGAAGAGAGCAGACUUGGAAGGUACGAAAGACUAGGGGACAUUUGAAGAGAGUGGAUUUCGAGUAUACGAAACGUGAGGGUGCAUUUAUCUCGGGGGCAACGUUCUAGAGCUUCUGGGAUAGGGGCUUAGGGCACGGAG